CGUUUGCUGUUGCAGAGAUGCUGUCUUCCUCCCUCCGUGUGCUCGGCCGUAGAGGCCCCUCAAUGGCCUCCCGUGCAUUCAGCACGUCUCCCGCUGCCUAUGCUGCCGAGGUUAAAUCAUUGGGAGUCGUUGGUGCUGGACAGAUGGGACUGGGAAUUGCUCUCGUUGCUGCCCAGAAAGCUCAGGUUCCUGUCACUUUAGUCGACAGCUCGCAGGCCUCCCUUAAUAAGGGCCUGAAGUUCGCAGAGAAGCUACUCGAGAAGGACGUGGCCAAGGAGCGCAUCACCAGAGAUGCUGCAGAUGCUGCUCGCGCACGCAUCACUACCAGCUUGAAGCUGGACGACCUCUCGUCCAUGGACUUCAUUAUCGAGGCGGUCCCCGAAAUCCCCGAUCUAAAAACAUCCAUUUUCUCGCAACUCGCCCAGAUCGCACCCAAGCAUGCUAUUCUUGCCACCAACACAUCCUCCAUCUCGAUCACCAAGAUCGCCGCUGCAACAAGCACCGACCCCACCGAUCUCCAGGCUCCGUCGCGAGUGGUCUCCACCCAUUUCAUGAACCCUGUUCCUGUUCAGAAGGGCGUUGAAAUCAUCUCCGGCUUGCAGACCUCCAGGGAGACGCUGGACACCGCUGUCGCGUUUGUCCAGCGCAUGGGCAAGAUCGCGUCCCUCUCGGCUGACUCGCCCGGUUUCCUCGCAAACCGAAUCCUCAUGCCGUACAUCAACGAGGCUAUUAUCUGUCUUGAAACCGGCAUCGGCGGCCGUGAGGAUAUCGACAGCAUUAUGAAGAACGGAACCAAUGUUCCCAUGGGUCCCUUGACCUUGGCGGAUUUCAUCGGGCUUGACACCUGCCUUGCUAUCAUGAAUGUUCUCCACCAGGAAACUGGGGACAGCAAGUACCGACCAUCGGGCUUGUUGAAGAGAAUGGUCGAUGCCGGCUGGCUGGGUAAGAAGUCCGGGAAGGGGUUUUACGACUACUGAUGGAAUUGGUAAGGGUUUCAAUAUAUGGCGCACAGCAGAUCAUGCGUUCUCUUCUACCUAGUACAGUGUAGUAGUGUGUGUAUGUUUGUUAUUGCCAAAAAAUAGAUCCAUUCAUUCAUUGUUAUGCAAUGUCCAAAUUUGUGAUGAAGGCAUUUUAUUUUUACCACCUAACAACUGUAACUGAGUAGCCAUGGUAUCAAUCAAGAAUAAUCUGGACUGCUG